UUAGUAUAGAGCGAUUGAAAGAAGGGCAGUCUUCCAGAUUGAGUAAAGAUGGAGUCAACUCAACUCACGCAGACCCAGCCAACUCAACAGUCUCCACUUGCAGAAGAUGGUUCCCUUGGUUUGGAAAAAAACAUCAUCUGUCGAUUGAUUUGUACUACAGGACAAUAUAAUUUCUUUGAUUUGAAUAUUGAUAAACCAUCAAAAGUAUGGGUAUUUGGAAGAAACCAAGAUUGUGACGUGGUGUUAACUCUGUGUACCAGGCUUUCGAAUCGGCAUUUCAAACUCUGGUUUAAUCAAGAGAAUACAACUGUUUGGAUCCAAGAUACAUCUACUAAUGGUACUCAUUUGAACAAUCAUAGACUUGUAAAAGGGUCAAAUUAUAUCCUUAACCAAGGAGAUGAAAUUGCAGUAGGUGUUGGGGUCCCCAAGGAUAUAGUGAAGUUUGUGGUGUUGUUUGCUGAUGGUUAUAAUCCAUCCAAGUCUUCAUCAGCAAAUGGUACGGUGGCAACUGAAGAUCAAGGUAUAUACAAGGAUUUUAUUGUUAAAAAUGAAAUUAUUGGACAAGGAGCUUUUGCAACUGUUAAAAAGGUAAUAGAGAGAUCUACGGGGGAAUCAUAUGCAGUGAAGAUAAUUAAUAGAAGGAAAGCACUUAAUGCUAACGGUGCUGCAGGCGGUGUUGAUAGAGAACUUUCCAUCUUACGUAAAUUAAAUCAUCCAAACAUUGUUCAUCUUAAAUCAUUUUAUGAAGAUAUGGAUAAUUAUUAUCUAGUAAUGGAGUUUGUUCCCGGUGGAGAUCUUAUGGAUUUUGUUGCUGCUAAUGGAGCAAUUGGAGAAGAUGCCACCCAAGUUAUAACUAAACAAAUCCUAGAUGGUAUUGCAUACGUACAUAAAUUGGGUAUCUCUCAUCGAGAUUUAAAACCAGAUAAUGUAUUAAUUAUGCAAGAUAAUCCAAUUCUUAUUAAAAUUACCGAUUUUGGAUUAGCUAAAAUAAGUGAUAAUGUCACAUUUAUGAAAUCAUUUUGUGGUACUCUAGCUUAUUUGGCACCUGAAGUUAUUAGUGGUAAAUAUGAACCACAAGAUCACUCUAGACAUAGUAGUUAUUCUUGUCUUGUUGACAUAUGGUCGCUUGGUUGUCUAGUUUAUGUGCUUCUUACAACACAUUUACCAUUUAGUGGUAGAACUCAAGAUCAAAUGUUUAAAAAGAUUCAAUCUGGUGAAUAUCAUGAAUCUCCAUUGAACUCUUAUAAGAUAUCCGAGAAGGCUAGAGAUUUCUUGAGUUGUUGUCUUCAAGUUAACCCUAGAUUACGUUUUUCUGCCUCUGAAGCCCUCAAACAUCCUUGGUUGUCCGAGAUUGAAGAAAGUCAAGACUCUGAUCUGCAAGCUAUAAGUUUAUCACAAUCCCAAUCCCAACAAUCUAGAAAAGUUGAUGGAGGGGGUGUAUUCAAUAUGUCGAUGAGUAAAUUAGAUGAAGAUAUUAUGGUUAGACCAUUGGAAAGUGAUAAGUCUAAGAAGCAAGAGUUUAAAAUUCCUAAAAGAGUUGUACCUUUACCUCAAUCUCAACAACCUGCAUCGCAACUUAGUAACAAGAAAAGUCAAGAUAGUAGAGAUGAUUCUCUUGGCGUUCCUCAUCCCAUCAAAGAAUUGGAUGUUGAAAAUGAUGAUGAUGAUGAAGGAUCAGAGAGCAAAAGUAAUUCUGCAGAGCUUCAACUUUCCAGUGAUGAUAGUCCAGAUUUAAAUUUCCCAUUGAGCUCAAAGGGGCGUAUUAUAAAACAGCGUAAACGAUCUUUAGAAGGUCAAAACUCUCCUGAAAGAAAGAAAAUAAAACCAGAAAUGGUAUCAGUUGCCAAAUUGAGUAUUUCACAGUCUGUUCCUCAAACUUCUAAUGUUUGGCGGAAUACGUCUCAUAUUAUGCAAUCUGAUAAAAAUGAAACUGUCGCCAAGCGCAGUGAUGAUAAUGAAUCAGUUCCAAUUGACACGUUCAUAUUAUUAAAACCAUUACCACAUUCUAUUACUCAAAAGGCGAUCUGUAUACGACAGGGUAUAAAUCCAUUUGCAAUUGGAAGAAAUGAAACAUGCGAUAUUUUCAUAAACGAUGAUAGGAUGAGUAAGAUUCAUUGUUUGUUCAAUAAGAAGAGACAUCCUGUGGUUGAAAUUUCUAUUUUUGAGAGUCCUGCCCAAGGUCUAGAUGAUAUUUGGUUAUUGGAUUGUAGUACUAAUUCUUGUUUUGUUAAUGGUGUCAUUCUAGGUAAAAAUAGAAAAGUUCAAUUGUUCAAUGACGACGUUUUGGACUUCUUUAAUGAUGCACGAACUCAUGAACUGAUGAGUUUCAAAGUUGAAAUAGUAGACUCGACUGGACUUUUCAAUGGGGGAGAAAGAUUGAAAGAAAUGGAUGGGCGGUUUGUUAAUGUUUUGAAACAAGAUGCAUCAGAUAUAAGUCUUCGACCACGUGUUGUGACUGAAUCAAUGGCGCCCGUGGAUUAUUCAGCAAUCCAAUCAUCUGGAAGGAAUAUUGUACCUAUUGUUGCUUCGAAAAGGACUGGAAAUACAUCGCAGAGUAUAAUUUCUACUGGAGGUAAUUUUAACUCGAAAAUUAGACAACAAAGAAAGUUAUAUGAAUCGAAAGCAAAUAAAAGUCCACAAAAGAGUCAAGUAAGUCAAGCAAAACGUGCAGACUUGUUAGUUGAUCAGGAACGUCCAACAAACUCGUGGAUGGGUUAAAAUAAAUAAUACAUAUUUAGAUAUACAUACCAUAUAUUUAUAUUACGAACAAUCAUAGAUAUUUCAAUUAUUUCUCACUAUUCUAUAUAU